AUGAUUUUGCUGCUUGUCAUCUCCUUUCUCGGUUACGCAAAUGCUGCUGUACAGUACUCGGACUCGUUCGCCAGGAAUGUGAUGUUUCCACUGAGUGCAGCUGCCUAUUCGGAUCAGCCACAACAAUGCCUCGACCGACUGUUCCCCAACGCAACACUUGGACGGCAAGUGGCUGUGCAGUGCGAUAUGUUCAAGGCGGAUUCGUGUUCGGGAUUCACCGCCGUACUCCAUGAACAAAAGGCAAUUGUUCUCAGCUUCAGAGGGACAGCAGGACUCCAACAGCUGCUUCAGGAGAUCAACAAGACAGUCUUUUUGAACUUGGCUUCAUGGUUUUUCGGGGGAAGAAUUUCGAGAUACUUCAGCGACGCCUUUUCAAAUGUAUGGAGUUCCGGUUUGGGUGAAAACUUCUUCAGUCUACAGAAACAAUACCCACAGCAUGAAAUUUGGGUGACUGGCCAUUCUCUUGGAGGUUCAUUGGCCUCCCUGGCUGCAUCGUUCUUGGUCGGAUCCCGCAUUGCUGAUCCCAGUAAGGUCAAGCUGGUAACAUUUGGCCAACCCAGAACGGGGGACAGCCGCUUUUCCGAAAUGCACAACAGUCAGUUGGAGUAUUCCUUCCGUGUGACCCACUGGCGAGACAUUGUCCCUCACAUUCCCAUGGGGCCUCUUGGAGGAUAUUUCCAUCACAGACAAGAGGCCUUCUACAAGAAUGAAAUGAAACCAGAUGAUUUCAAAAUCUGCAACGAAGGAGAAGCUGCAGAGUGCAGUGACGGGUUGUGGUUUACGGCGAGCAUCGACGAACACACUCACUACUUUGGCCGACAUGUGUCCAAAUAUGGUAAGAGCGGCUGCGCCGACUAA